UGAUUUCAUUCAUUGAAUAAUUUCUUGUGUGUGUAGACAUUGUGAGGAUUCGUUCCAUAGAUCUCAUUAGGCAUGGACCGACUUGUAAAUAUCUCCUUUAAUUUACUUAUAAUUGUUUCAAGUAUUGAUUGUGCGACACUACAAAAAGCCUAUUCUGAUAGACAAGGGAGACAUCUUUUAAUAAGAAGGGUGCCAGCGGUUGAGGAGUUUCAAAGUGACAUUUAUGAAGUUUUUGCGAAACCUUAUAAUUAUGAUCUGCAUCAAAUAACAGCAAUUGCUGUUCUGAAAAAUGAUGAAGUGUCUGGUGAAAUAACUUUUACCCAGUUACCAGCCGGUCCGGUUCAUAUAAAAGGCAACAUUACAGGUUUACCUCUAGGUAAACAUGGAUUUCAUAUUCACCACUCUGGAGAUCUGAGGAGUGGUUGUGAAAAAUUAGGAUCUCAUUUCAAUCCAUACUUUGUCCAGCAUGGUGGUCCACUCGACCCUUUACGACAUGUUGGUGACAUUGGAAAUGUAGAAGCUGGAAAUGACGGAACAGUGGAAGUGAAUAUAAUCGAUAAUUUGGUACAAUUGACCGGAUAUCCUAGAGGAGUUGUGGGUAGAGCUGUUGUAAUAACUUCAGAUCCAGAUGACUAUGGACGCGGUGGUGAUGCUAAUAGUCUUGUUGAUGGAAACUCUGGAAAACCUAUUGUUUGUGGUGUCAUAGCAUAUAUAAAAUAGUUAUUAUGGUGAUUUUCAGUCCAAUUUUUAUGUUUUUCAUAAUUAUAUUUUUUUACAACUUAACAAAUUAAAAAUCACUUCUGAGAGGUGGAAGUUUGAAA